AUGGUCAAAAUUGCUAUCGCUGGAGCCUCGAGUGAACUCGCCCGAGAGGUUCUCGACAAGUUAGUAGCUGCCGAUAAACAUGAUAUCAAAGCCCUUGUUCGAAAGAACCCUUCGGACUUUCCUCAGCUCAAGAAUUUAGAGUGGAUUCAGACAGAUUUCUCAGACCAGGCCGAGUUGGUCAAGAUACUUGAGGGUGUGAACACUGUCCUCUGCUUUUUUGCUGUACAUCUCGAUCCUGCUUCUGAGAACCAGAAGCGUCUUAUCAACGCAGCUAUCGAGGCGGGCGUCAAGCGAUUCGCUCCGUCCGAGUGGGGGCCAGGAGUAAAGUUGGAAGAUUCACUAGACGCACUGUCUUGGUACAGCGGUAAGAUUGAGGUUGCAAAGUAUCUGGAGGAGGUCAAUGCGAAGGAAAAGGUUCUUGAAUAUUGCCGCUUCCAACCUGGUGGAUUUAUGGAUUAUUUCUGUCAUCCUCAUCAAACAUCCAAGUAUCUCACCACUACGAAUGUCAAUAUCGAUUUUGAAAAGCGGAGCGCCUUGGUAGUUGAGGGCACAUUGGAUGACAAGAUGGUGUACACUUGCGUCCAAGACAUCGCGAAUGUAGUUACUUCGGCUGUAGACUACGAUGGUGAGUGGCCGGUUGUUGGGGGUAUUUGCGGCGAUCGAGUUACCAUCCGUCAGCUUCUGGAAAUCGGAGAAAGGGUGCGAGUAAACAAAUUCACUAUCGAGUGGCUCAAAAUGAAAGACGUCGUUGCGGGAGAGCUCAAAACUGACAAUUACCCUCGCAUUGAUCUGCCUUCUAUACCACAAGAUCAAGUCGAGGCGUUUUCCAAGAUGGCAAUUGUUGGUAUCUUGAAAGCUUACCAUCGUGGGGUUUAUGAUGUUUCAAAUGAAUGGAAUCAGCUACUGCCUGACCUCAAGUUUACAAAGGCUGACGAACUCUUGGACCAGGUUUGGGGAAGAAACACAGCCAGCCAAGUUUGA